CCGCCGCGCCGUGUGUCCGCGUCGCCCGUCGUCGGUGGAAGGUGGAAGGAGCGCGCGCGAGGAGGCGCCUCUCCGGUCUACUGUGUCGACAUGGCCGUCGUCGAGGAGUUCGAUUACCUGUGCCGCCUGUGCGCGACCAAGACCAGCAUCCUGAUGGGCCUGCCGAUAUUCGAGGCCGGCGAGCAGAUGCGCAACAUCGACAAGAAGAUAGCGGCCUGCCUGCCGGUCCAAGUGUCGUUGACGGACCAACUGCCAAAAGUGGUCUGCGAGGAGUGCGCGUUCAAGCUGGAUCAGCUGUUUGACUUUCGCGAGAAGUGCCUGCACACCGAGGGCAUGUUCAUGCAGAUGCUGAAGGACAUCUGCAAGGAGGAGGUCGUGCGCAUGUCGGAGCACGAUUUGGCGAGUGUGAAUAACAUGGGCACAAUCCAGAGGAACCUGAAUAGCAUACAGAUGAAUAACGAAAAUGUACAAAGCCACCCGGCGGUGGCGCACGAGGCGGCCGAGUCCACCAUACACACGAUGCAGGUGAUGGACGAGAUGGACCUGGCCGGUGGCGAGCAAGUGGUCACCCAGGAGGAAAUGGUCCAGCAGGACGCCGAUAUACAAGGCAUCGACUGUCUGGACGGCGACACCGUGAGAAUGGUCGACGAACACAUGCGCGAGGUUUCGAACCAUCAGAUCACGAUGCACUUGGAUAGCGACAUGACUGUAGUGAGUAACUUGGAUGGCCACCACUUGAGUCAAUUAGGGAUAAAUUAUGUUACCUCUAUCAAUCCUGAAGAUCAGAACCACGAGCAGAUAGUGCAUUUCUGUGAAAGUGUAAAAUAUGAGGGAGAUCCUACAAAAUCGGACUAUCACAGAUUGCAAGACAGAUUAACUACGGAAGAGUCGCAGCACGUACUAAAAAAUGAUGUACCAGUAGACAAUUUUGUGUCCUCUCAAGCUGAAACGGAGAACGAGAUAGACGAGUCUUGCCUGAACGAAAACGGGACUCGCGAACACGUGGACUCUGUGAAUGCUUUACCAUCGACGAGUGAGAUAAACGGCAUGUCCUGCGAAAUAAUGGUUAAAUACACGAAGAGAACGAAGCACGCGCUGCUGGAGUCCAUGCUCAACAACCCCACUGCAGAUGAGACCGGCUCGCACUGGUACGUGUGCCCCUUCUGCAACGAAGCUGCCCUGGAAACAGCCAACUUGGUCGCACACUUCGAGCAGCAUUUCUGCUGCUGUCCCUGCGACUUAUAUUUUACCAACGUCGAGGUGUUAAAUCUACACAAAGAGCAAUGCAAUGUAUAUAAAGCAAAAGUGGUCGACAAGGAGAAGAAGGACGCGCAGUUAAACGCAGUGUCGCCGCGAGAGGGCAACGACACUCAAGAAGGGCAGAAGAAACAGUCGACGGUGAGACGGAAGUGGACCGCGAAGGUGUGCACGGAAUGCGGCAAGCAGUACAAGUCGAAUUACAAGCUGCAGGAGCACAUGCGCAAGCACACGGGCGAGAAGCCGUUUCAGUGUACGACGUGCGACAAGGCGUUUCGCAGCAAGAUCGGCCUCGCGCAGCACACGGCCACGCACACGGGCCAGUUCGACUACAACUGCUCCACGUGCGGCAAGGGAUUCCAGUGCAAGAGCUAUCUCAUUGUACACCAAAGAGUCCACUCGGACCUGAAGCCGUACUCGUGCACCAAGUGCAGCCAGAAGUUUAAGACGAAGCAGUCGCUGCUGGACCACGAGAACCGCCACCUGGGCGUGAAGCCGUACAUGUGCGAGGUCUGCGGCCGCGGUUUUAUCACCAAGGGUCUCUGCAAAAGCCACCAGAAGAUACACUCAGGCACCGACAAUCGCCAGUAUCCGUGCGCGGUGUGCAACAAGAUGUUCGUCAGCAAGAGCUACCUGAACACGCACUUGCGCAUUCACACGGGCGAGAAGCCGUAUCUGUGCGAGGUGUGUGGCAAGGGGUUCCUCACGCGUGUUGACCUCAGAAUCCACUCGACCAUGCACACUGGCGAGAAGAGCUUCAAGUGCGAGAUGUGCGGCAAGGUGUUCGCGCGACGCGCGGCUCUACGCUGCCACCGGCGCUCGCACACGGGCGAGCGUCCGUACAGAUGCGACGUCUGUGGCAAAACGUUCACACAGUUCAGCCCGAUGGCGAUCCACAAGCGCCUGCACACCGGCGAGCGGCCGUACGAGUGCGGCGAGUGCGGCAAGGCUUUCGUGUCCAGGUCGACCAUGAUGUCUCACAGGAAGAAGCAUCACGUCACGACGGCUAUGCAAAAGGACGCGUCUGUGACGCAUAACGAGGACGCGGAGGUCAAGCUCAUUCUCUCGUCCGAUAUCAUAGUGCGAGAUACGAACGAUGGGAUCCAAAUCACCGAUUGAAGUCAUGGCUGAAAAUGACAUACGAAUCCUGCGAGCCGCGUUUAAGCGUCUAGCGCGCAGUAUGGGUGCUAAAAAAAACUUUAUUCGCAUUUGUUAGAUAACAAACUGCUUUCACCAUAACGUAUUCUAUCAGUGUACAUUUUCAAAAACUUUAUAUAAAGAUAUUUUUACAAGCAUCGUAGGUCUUGUGGUAUAUGAAGAUUGAAAGUUACAUUGAAUUAUUAAGAUCGAGGCAUGAUUUUAUACAUUCUAUAUGAAAGCCAUCUUUUAACUUUAUUUCGUGGCGUCAUACUGUAUUUCCAAAUCAUGUAAAUACAAAUCUUUUAUAUCAAUGUCUAUAUUGCUUUCUGAAACAUGAAAAAUCUAGCAGUUAUUUGUUGACGGAUAAAAUAAUUGCAAGAUUGUAGGUAGAUCAUCAAGAGCAAAUGAACUUGCGUUGUUUUAAUUUCGAAAGGAUUAUAGUAAAUUUAUCACAGUAAAUAUAGCGAUACAUUAGCUUAUACUCAAAAAUAUAUAUUAUUUUUUUCGAAAGGUAGAUAUAGAGAUUUUCAAAGGUAAUAACGAAAAGAUAAUAACUCGUUUUAAUAUAUAAAUUUGCUGCAAUUUACAACAUACAAAUGGAGAUUUUAAUAUAUAAAAUAAAUUGUUUUAAAGCUACACAUAAAAAUUACGUUUUAUAGGAUAGAAAUUCAGCAGCAUUUAUUAUCAUGAACAUUAUGGACUUCAGGUAGUUGAUAAUAUAAAAUAUUCUUACACACCUGAUUUUAUGAUUCGAACAAUAAGUUUCAACAAAAUGAGAUGAAUAUUAACGACUAUUUAAAAUUGUAUUAAUGUAUAAAAUGUACGAUUUUUCUUACUGCGUCCACAAGUAUACACUUUUUUGUGCAUUCGAA